CAGACGACUACAAACUAUACACUACCUAUUCUACCAGACCAUCACAACAAAAUCAGCAACCUUUCAACAUGCCCCGCAAAUCUAUUCUCUCCGUAAACGCGGGCUCCUCCUCCGUCAAAAUCACUUUCUACAGCUACACCAAAACCCCCAGUGUUAUCGCGACCGCACAAGUCUCCGGCAUCACCGCACCCCCCGCAACAUUCAAGUACAGCGUCGGCUCGAAGCAGAAGAAAGAAGAGCUGAAGGAGAAGAUCAGCUCAGGGCCAGACGCUUUCAAACUCCUGCUGCACCGCUGCUUCACGGACUCUGACCUCAAAGAUGUUGCUAGUGCCGACGACCUGGCUUAUAUCUGCCAUCGGGUCGUACACGGCGGCGACUUUGAGAGUCCUGUGGUGAUCAACGAGGAAACAUACCACCAGCUGGAGGACCUGGAGGAUUUGGCGCCUUUGCACAACUUCGCCGCGCUCGAAAUCGUCCGACUAUGCAAAAAGGAGCUCCCGAACGUCCAGAGCAUUACGUUCUUCGACUCCUCCUUCCACAAGUCCCUCCCUCCUUACGUGAAAACCUAUCCAAUCGACCAGGAAACAGCCAGGCGCAAUAAAUUGCGCAAGUACGGGUUCCAUGGGAUAAGCUACUCGUUCAUCCUGCGCUCGGUGGCUGAAUACCUGAACAAGCCGGUUGAGAAGACAAGCCUGAUUGCCCUGCAUAUAGGGAGCGGUGCGUCUGUGUGUGCGAUCAAGGAUGGAAAAUCCAUCGAUACUUCAAUGGGAUUAACACCCCUAGCCGGGCUACCAGGCGCCACACGCAGCGGCGAUAUCGAUCCAUCGCUUGUUUUCCACUAUACCAACGAGGCGGGGAAGCUCAGCCCUGCAAGUACCAAGGAGAUGCAUAUCAGCACGGCGGAAGAAAUCCUGAACAAGAAAUCCGGUUGGAAGGUCCUGACAGGCACAACAGACUUCUCUCAGAUCGCAGUCGAAGACCCGCCAAGUGAGCAACACAAACUCGCCUUCGACAUCCUUGUCGACCGAAUCGUCGGCUAUAUUGGCAACUACUACGUCAAGCUGGACGGGCAGGUCGAAGGGAUUGUAUUCGCCGGUGGAAUUGGCGAGAAGAGCGCGCUGCUGAGGAAGGCUGUUAUAGAGCAGACUCGAUGUCUUGGCUUUGCGGUUGAUCCGGAGAAGAAUCAGCAUGGGCCUGGAGACGACGAGACCGUAGUGGAUAUCACCGCCAGCGGGAGAUCGGAUGUAAAGAGGGUGUUUAUCUGCCAAACGGAUGAGCAGUUCGAGAUGGCGUACAACUGCACCAAGACGCAAGGUCUCGAUAAGCAGUAG